AAACUUCCCCUAUGCUGUUAAUAUGAAUACAUUCUCCACUUAUGUCUUCAUUUAAGAAUGUUCUUUAUUUCCAAGCUGGACUUGGAGUCUUAGCCAAUAUGGUUCUUCUUCUUUUCUAUAUUUUUAUAAUCCUAGGUCACAGNCCUAAGCCCACAGACCUGAUCUCCUGUCAACUGACCUUCGUUCACAUAAUAAUGGUCCUCAUUGGAGGGGAUAUUUUGCUUACAGACAUAUUUGAGUUAUUAAACAUUGAGAAUGACUUCAAAUGCAAGGCAAUUUUUUAUAUUAGCAGGGUGAUGAGAGGCCUCUCUAUCUGUACCACCUGCCUGCUGAGUGUGUUCCAGGCUGUCACUAUCAGUCCCAGUACCUCUUUGUUGGCAAAAUUUAAACAAAAACUAAAAAAAUACAUGGUCUGUGUUUUCUUAUGCAUUUGGUUUUUCAAUUUGGCCUUCAGUACUAACCGGAUAUUUUAUGUUGGUGGUUUUACUAAUGUGAGUGAGACCAACCAGAUGCAGGUCACUAAAUUCUGCUCACUCUUACCCAUGAAUAUUAUUACCAGGGGAUUGAUUUUUACAAUAUCAACCUCCAGAGAUGUGUUUCUUGUAGGAGUCAUGCUGACCACAAGUGUAUACAUGGUCAUAACCAUGUUUAGGUAUCAAAGGCAGUGCAAGUAUCUUUAUAGCAUCAGUCACUUGAGAGAGUCCCCUGAGAAAAGGGCUACGCAGACCAUCUUGCUGCUGGUGUCUUUCUUUGUCCUCAUGUACUGGGUGGACUUCAUCAUCUCAUUCACCUCAGACACGAUAUGGAUGUAUCAUCCAGUCAUCCUUACUCUUCAGAGGUUCAUGAUGAAUGCCUAUCCCACAAUUACCCCUUUGGUACAAAUCAGUUCUGAUAACAGAAUAAAAACUAUGCUGAAAAACCUGCAGUCAAAGCAUCAACUAAAUUUUUUUAAUAAAGAUUUUUCUUUUUUUAAUUUAUUAAUUUAUUUUUAAUUUAUAUCUGUGAAUACCACACCAGCAUGUAUGUAUGUGUGCAUUCCUGG